GGUGAGUUUCCUCCUAAACCUCAACAUAACAUACCCUGUGUGUGCGCUCCUGGUAAUGGCCUUGAAGGAAACAGCCCCACCAAUCACACAUGCACUCCAUGUGCAAUUGGAGAGUAUGGAUCAGGGGGGGAAAUCAUCAAUAAUUGGAGGGAUUGGACUGGAAAUGGCACAGUACCUCCUGAAGGAUCAGGUCUUCUUACAUAUUGUGACACUUCAAGUAAUUAUUAUUUCAAAAGUUGUGGGGCAUGGAAAGCAAGUGGUAAGCAAGGAUAAUAUUAUUUUUAAAAAUUGAUGCAAUAUGUUAAGAAUGAGGGCGAGUGCUUCUUCAUAGGGUUCCACAAACACCGAGAAACAGAUGAAACCCCAAGGUCAUAGGUUAAUAUGCUUUCAUCUCUCUCGAGCUGUUUGGAACCCAUUAUAAAGUGCAAAGCCCGAAUUUUUGACAUGUCUUAUUAAAUGAAACAAUAAGAAAUUAUUCAGUGACAUGUUUUUUUCUGGUAUGUAGUUGCAUUGUUUCCAUAUAAACAUCUCAUUAAAAUGCAAGUGUUUGAUCUCCGGUAAUAAACGUGUUUCAUCUGUUAGGCUGAGCGAUGCCGCACCAUAGCUUUCACACAAGAUAACGUACCACUCAAGUAGAAGUAACAACACUGAUUUUAUUUGUCUUGGUAAAUCAUAUUUAUAAACAUUAUUAUUAAGGCGUUUCUUAAGUGGAGAUCUACGUAGCAAACCAAAAGAACAUUUUUGGCACAUAAUACUCAAGCGAUAAUGAAAGUGGCGGAUUACACCACAGUUUAUACUAAGACUAUUAAACAUAAUGGUGAUGCGAUGAUUGUGAUAUCAGAGCACGUAUUCUAACACAUCUCAGAUGAAAACCUGGUGGUGACGUUUUACAUGAUGUUUCAUUAGGUAUCAAGGUUCAUCCAUUGUACCCAAAUGGACGUCAUCUAUUGGCUUUUGACUGCAAGAAUUAUUCAUGAGUUUGAUAGCCAGCAGUGCAGGCGUUUUCUUUGAGCGCCCGAGAAUUUGCUCGCGAAACUUCCCGAAGAGAGGAGGAGAUGGGGCGAGUAAAAGGGAGCAGGGAGGGGGCGGGAAGAGAGAAGAGAUUUUUUUUCUCCCCUCCCCCUCCCCCCUUUCCUUCUUUCGCCUUCGCACCUACCGUAAGGGUUACUAUUUCUACUCUCCCCAAUCUUCCACUAUCAUGAAAUCAAAGAUGGCGGCUACCACAAUAUUUUGAACACGAACAAGGUUUCGCCCAACCAAAAUAUGCCUGCACAGCUGCAGGCUAUGAGUUUGAGAGCUUGCUAGUUUCCUGUCUCUAUGGCCCUCCCAAUCUCAAUAAAAAAUAAUAACAAUUAUUGAACGAGGUUGAACAAAAAUAUUGUGAUUUGUCAGUAGUGAGCAGAUCAAUAUUUGCCAAAGCUGAAUGCUAAGUCAAAUAAUAUUGAUCUGCAAGUUCGCAAAGUUUGUUUUUUAAAGAAUAUCUUUGGGAAGCGAAGCAAUCUGCCAUUUUCAUGCAAGAGCGAUCGCAAGAAGGAGAAAAGCUUGGUUUCAUUUGUGCAUGGGCAGAAUAUUAUUUGCAGCCAAAAAAAGAUGGACAACAUUGUGCACUUUAAGCAGACCAUUAUUUGUAGGCAGUUAUUUGCAGGUCACGUGGUGAGGUCUCGGCCAAUGAAAAGGAAGAAAAAUUUGCAAUGAAUGAUAAUUAUUUUUAUUUUCAAUUCAGACCUUUCAUCGACCCUUUAACUCUUUAAGGUCUGAUAUCAAUGUGUAUAUUCUCCUCACUGCUCUGCAAAUGUUUCUUAUUAAGUACUGAGCACUUGUCUACUGAGAGAAUUUGUUAAAACAUCAAGACAUUUCAUCAUCAGUGAUUGUAUCAGUUGUGACAUUCAUUCUCAUAUUGACCUUUAUGUUGGAUCUGGUUGUAAUAUUGUUAAAGGAGAAAAAAAGUUUGAUGGUUGGGUCUAGAGUGUGGCUAGAGCAAGUUUUUCUUAGCCUAGUGAUGGAAAAGCUGAAAAAAAAUGUGUGUAGCAGUUAAACAAAAUACAGUUGAAUCGCGCUUUACGGACACUUCAUUAAUACCUAUGUGUUGUAAUAAACCUUUUCUUCUUGAAGGUAAAUAAUCUCUCUGUUGACAGCAUGUUGAUGUUCCCAGCACUGCAGUACACCAGAUAGGAUGAAUUGUAGACGUCAGUUUUAAGACUUUGGCAUCCAAUGAGUCAGUUAUGCUUCUUGUUGAUUUAGUCCACAGAAUUUUGGCUUUUUGAAGGAUAGAGAUGUUUACUUUGAUGUUGCCAAGUUAUGUCCUCUUUUAUGUCUUAGGCAUUUUGUGCUAAUAAAAGUUGUUGUCUUAUAACUUAACCCUUUAAGUCCCAGUGGUGACCAACAUCAAUUUUCUCCUAACCAUAUCCAUAGAUUGUCAAGAGAUUAGGUCAUGAGAAUUAAUAAAAUGAUCACCUAAGAGAAAAUGCUUUGAUCUUUUAUCAAAUUCUCUCAACUGAUUCUUUAAGGAAAUGUAUAGAGAUCAGUUUGGAGAAUUCGUUUGUGGAUUAUUAAUUGGGGCUUAACAUAAGCUGCUUAAUACAGACACUUUCUAUGGACCCUUCAGUGUCCAUACUAAUGGGUUUUGACUGUAAAAAUCUCUCAGGGAAGUAUUUUAUAAACUGCACCAAUAAUUAUUAUUACUAUAUGCCUUUAUUAUUUUAUCUUUUAUUAUGUCUUUGUUUGUUUGUAAGCAAUUCCAUUUUUUAUUGAUUUACAUAGCUGAUAACUACACACUUGAAUCUGGUUACAAUCGUGGGUCGAGAUGCCUGGUUUCUGUAUUACUGAUGACCAGGAAGUUUGUCUUGACUAACAACAAUGUUAGUUUUGACUAUCGUGUAGACAGCCGACACUGCAGCCCUGAAUUCUUUGGAUGCGAUGGUCUAGGUUUCUUUAUUGAUGGUCAGCAAGUACUACAAUACCAAGGAAACCAGUUUCACUGGGUUACAAAGACUUAUAAUUUAAAGAAGGUAAGUUUGAAUCAAACUUUGCCUGCUGAUAGCGUUAUGCUUCAUAAAACAGCCCAACAAAUUUUGGCCAGCUUGAUCAUUGUUUGUUUUUGACAUGGUCAAAAUGUAUAGAAAAUAUGUAUUUUAAGGUUAAAUAGUCAAGCAAUUAAAGUAAAAAAUAUCCCCUUGUAAGCUCACAAAUUUGAAAAUAGGAAAUCUACAUUGUAUGGGGCAACAUAUAACUCACAGGAGCAUUAAUGAAAAAAAGGAAUAAAUUGUAUUGAAUAUUUUUAGACGAACAAGAAAACAUGCAAUCUUGUUAAUGCCACCCCUCAAUACUACAUGAUGUCCAAAAAACAAAACAUACCACCCUCAGUACCACAGGAUACCCAAGAACCACUGAAUGCCACCCUCUCAUUUCCACAGAAUGCUCAGGAUUAGCAUUGUCCUUAGCAUUAGCAUGACUUAGUUUUGGUUUAUGUGUCUAUGAAAAUGUGCUUGUGAAGGAGAUCAAUUAAAAUAUACUGUCUUGUGAAGCAAAAUAGACCUGUCUGAACAGCAAAACCUCAUUUUGACAAACAUCAUCUGUAAGUUUGAUAUUUGUUUAGGUUAAAGCCAAGCUCUUCAAAUGCUAAAAUUCAUACUUGUAUUCUAGGGUUCCCAUACACUGAAGUGGGUUUUUCGUAAGGAGAGGUGUUUUAGUUAUGGAUAUUCCUUCUUAGACAAGGCUUUUCUCCGUUCCAUAACCUUGGUAAGUCACUCAUUUUGUAAUGGUAAUUAAUAGAACUAAGUGGAGUUAAAUUUUGGUCUGUUAUAAUCAUCAUCACUAGGGGCAGACACAGAUCCAAACCAACUUUCAUCACUUUUUAGAAAACUGUCAGAUAUAUUUGACAAGAGGAAAUGAAACUCUUGAUAAGAAAAUUUUUAGGAGAUUUAUUCCAGACCUGGUUGUGCUUGCAGUUAGUAACGUUUAAAUUAAAAAAAAAAAAACAGUCCAAUCGGUCAUGGUUGAAAUUUAGAAUCCAUGGCAAUAUUGGAGACAGAAAUAAUGGCAACUUUUUGGCUAUUAUAAGAGACUUUGGUGUUGGAUUAAUAUUGGCAAUGUGACUUCUGAUAAUUAACUACGAACAGUCAACUCCCUUUAUUGCGGACACUGUAUGGACCUUGAGUUAGAGUCCUGUCCGUAUUAUCGGUAGGCGAGAGUUGACUGUAAUAAGUAUUGAUUUGCCAAAUUCCACGCACCUCUGUUAAUUUUCACCCAAGUGUGUCAACUAUAUCAAAGGUUCAAAAAUAAAAGUAAGGAUAUUACAUUACGUUUCUCCUUCAUUAAAAAGUAUUUGUUUAGUUUAUGUAAUUAAAAAGACUGUGUAUUCUUUAGGUUGGCACAGAUGAACCAAACGUGAAAUGCAAACCUUGUCCACCAGGUUACUUUAGUAAUCAAGAAGGUGCUUCAGAAUGCACUGCGUGUUCAUAUUUUCAGUUUCAGGCAAAAGAAGGUUUGUGCAUUAUUUAUCACAUAAUAGACCUUUGUCACAAUGAUGUACAGAAAUCCCCCCUCUCAGCUAUUCUUUCAAUUCACAAUCAUCAUGAGAGGUAGAUGAGACUGAUUAAGACUGAUCUAUAAUUCCUUCGAGCUCCAGAGGUCAAUAUUAUUAUUUUUACUGCUAAUUCAUGACAGUUGAUAUACAUUUGUCACUAUGAGUAAUGCAUCAAAGCAAAUGAAAUUUGUCUUAUCUGGUAUAUCUGCUGCAUUGUGAGUUCCUAGACUGAACAUAAUUUCUCCCAAUUUGUGGCAACCUAUCCAAAUUGAAAAAGAGCUGAUUAUUAUCUUAAAAUACCCUUUCUUUUGUUGCAAUAUUAAGAAAACUUGCAUAGCUGUUGGCCAUGUGAGUGAAACGCUCCAUAGUUCCUUCAGUAUAUAUAGUAGGUAAUUGUCAAUAUCAACCACUUUUACAACUGUCGCUGGUUUUUGUGGCAAGUAUGCUCAAUUAUUUUGCCUUGUUAUUAGAUCUAUUUUUGUUUGUUUGAGUUUUUUUGAAGAAAUAACUUGUAUCUGAUAAGAGCUCAUUUUUUGAAUAUGUGCAUGUUUUCAGGUCAGACGAAAUGCGACCCUUGUCCAACAAACACCUUUGCCAUGAUGGGUGCCUCAAAGUGUAUCCCGUUACCUAAUUGCACAAAGAAUGACAUCAUUAGCGCCCCUGGAAACUUGACUACAUGUUCCUGUAAUAAAAAUACUGGUGUGUGUACAACCACAGUACAAGAAAAGUUUGUCACCGUUAACUUAAAAGGUGAGUCAACUUACUGUAAAUCCUCUAUUUAAGCCCCCCCCGGGGGGGGGGGGCUUAUUUAUUUCAAGUUCAUAUUGGGGGGGGGGGGGCUUUAUAGAGACAGGGGCUUAUUUAAUUUAGAAUUGAUGAUGGUACCAGUUGUCCAUAAAGAACUAGAAUACAAAGUGGAUAAGCUUAAGAAGAAGAAGUUUUAGGUUAUGCAGCCGAGGAUGAGAAUUUACAGUCGUGAUUGAUUUAUACAGUCUUAGUAAAAAAUAAUUAGGGGAGGGGAUGGGAGCUUAAUAGAGAGGGGGGGCUCAUUAACUUUCGCCCCCUAAAAAGUGGGGGGGGGGCUUACUAGAGGGAGGGGAGUUAUUUGAGAGGGGGGGCGUAAUAGAGGAUUUAGGGUAAUACACAAAUUUUUUUUUUUUUAAUUGUUGAUACAGAUGGCAGCCUGAGAAAGCCACCUCUGGUUUUGUGGCAAAGUGAUGUCUGAGAAACAAGUGCACAAAUUCUACACUGAUGAUGCGUCACUACCCAGAUCUGGGUAAUGCUUUUGUUUGGUUGAAGCAAAUUUCCCUUGCGGAACGACCCAUUAGAAGCACUACGGAGAUCUGGAUAGUGAUGUGUCAUCAGUACAUAAUUUCUUGCGCAUGUUUCUUAUACAUCAAUUAUUCAUGGUCAAACCAGUGAUGGCAUCGCAGAAUGUUGGCUGUUUUCUCAGGCUGGAUGUGGCAUGGGCAAUAAUUGAUUAGAGCACUAGACUUGCAAUCUGGAGACCACACUUUCAAGUCCUGCCCAGAUUGCUAGCAGACAUUGAUCUCAAUAGUUGCAAGUUCAAAUCCUUUCUGCCCUACUUAUAAUUAGUUAACUGGUUUUCUAAAACAAUAUGAUGUAAGUAACAAUUCUUAGAGAAAUUAAAAAAUUCUUCAUGCUCAGUCUCUUGCGAAUAAAUUAUUUCCUCUAUCAUAGUUUAGAAUAGUUAUGAAGCCCGACAGACUUCUUUGUUUUAUGUUUUCGUUAGCUUUUUUAGAUUUGACCAUGCACAACGUUCAGUAACAUUCCUAUCAUUUUGAACUUACUGACCAACAGAAACAUCGCAUUAAUUUAUUCAGUCACAGUUUGUGAACACGAAACAAAGGAUUGUACAUUGUCAGGGAGCUUCCAACAUAAACUGCAGCACUGUUGUUUUCAUCUUUGAUGGUUGCUGGCUUUUAUAACCAGUCUGCUCUACUAACUAUGUCUUCGUGUGUUAUUUUGAAAUGAUUGUUAGAACUGUUUCUGGGUGUUAAGGGGGGGGCAGAAUGGGACACUAGAAUACCGAGGGGGGGGCCCUUGAAGCAAAAAUUGGGAACCCAACCAAUAAUCAUGCUGUAUUGUGCUUACUGGAUUUUUUAACCUGGUCAUGGAGAAGCUUGGGUUUCUCGACCGUGGAGGAAAAAAUUAAUCCUGAUUUAACGGAAACCGCAACAUACUGCAUGCCAUUUCCAGAGUACAGGGAAGGGAUAAAUUACCCUUUGACCAAUCCCUAAUUAAUAUUAUAAGCAGUCUGCCAUUUUUUUCUGUAUAAAUGACUGCCACGAAGAGUGAUGGUGCCAUUACCACAUUUGUCACCUCCUAUGUGAAUUGGGCAGGAUCCUUUAUCUGUUAUCCUGCAAGCAAGCUCUCUGGGGGGGCGUUGGUGGUGGGGCAAGAAAGGAGAGCACCCCACCACCAGAACACCUCAGAGAGCUAGCUUGCUCGCACUGACGCUAUUUAUCCGUACAGUAUGUGGUCCUUGGUCCGCGCAAGUCUGCGAUGCCCUUGGUCCGCACCGAAAAUGAUAAAAUAUUUCGUCGAGAAAAAAAAUACGUUGAAUAAUGAAAGAUAUCGUGAUUUACUGAUUAGCAUUCUUUCAUGUGAGGAAGUUUCGGCUUUCUUGCUGCCGGUGAAGGCGCGAAAUUAAAGGUUGUUGACAGGUAGGUUAAUUUGUCUUUCUUGAAGUUUGGAUUUUUGCGGCACCGUAAAUUACAUGAACAUGUUUACUUAGCCUGCGAAUAAAUAAAACGCAACGGGAAGACGUGCCUUUUUGCAGAACAGGUUUUCAGAUCAACUUUUUUCUGCUGUUGGAAGCAUAUUGCUGUAGACUCUGAAUUUUUUGUUUUAUCGACUCUUGAAGAAUAUCACCAAAUUUCGCUUGGCGGUCCUUGGUCCGCGACCUAUGACCUGGUUGAAUAAAACUUCGCAAAAUAAAAAGCGAAGUCCUUUGUUUUCGAAGAAUGUUUUGAAAAUCGUCCCUAUACAUGUCUACAAGUUCUCUUUUUUAAUACCUCGAAUACAUGCAGAGUUUUUGGUAAUUAUUUUCGACCGCGCUGAAAGCCGCUCGCGACGCUCGUGUGGGAGACUCGAGGAGACUGUUGUCUGAAGUCUUUGAAAGAAGAGCAGAUUAUUUUAUACUCACAACAUCUUCCGAAAAAAAACUUUAACUUAAUUGCAUCAAGAAAAGAAAAAAAAUACAUAAAAUUUGUGAAAAUGACAUUUUCCUGUGGAAACUAUAACAUUUUUACGUUUUUUUCGUGCUGCUUACAUGAGACGCGGACCAAGGACCACCAAGGACCAUCGAAAACGGUCGCCUUUUUUCGAACUCCAAGCAAAAUAUUUAUGUCUGGAACUCAAAACUUCAGGAUUAUCGAGAAGAACGUAAAAGCUAUCUUCAGGGAGUAUUUCAGCUCGUUACGUGAAGAUUCGGGUAAGAUAUUCAAGUUAAUAACUUUUAGACGCAGACCAAGGACCACAUGCUGUAUAUGGACGCAGUGUAAAUUAGAGUCUUUAUUAACAAAAUCUCUUGCAUUAUUAAAUAGAUGGAAAAGCACCAAAGAUUCUUUGCAACCGACAAAAUACUACGAUAACUCCUUCAUCGAAGACAGUGCAGUGUCGUUGUCAACCUGGAUUUGAGAUUUUUCGAGGCAAGGAUGGACAAAUUCAGUGCAAACCGUGUUCAAAGGGGAGGUUUUCUACUGGUGUGAAAUGUGCUACAUGCAAAGUUGGUCAUGUAGCCUUUCUAGGCAAGCACUAUUUUUUGUGGAGGAAUGACACAUUACCAGAAGGCUUCUCUGCUUCUUGUUCCGGUGACUGUACUAUUGAGGUUUGUCAAAUAUUGAGAAGUUCUUUAAAAACCAUGUCGAUUGUUUUCAAGAUGGCGAGAAACACAGCUAGGUGCUCUCCUAACCCUUUAAGUCUCAAUUGUGACGAACAUCAAUUUUCUCCUAACAAUAUCCAUUUUUUGCCAAGAGAAAUAGUUAUGAGAGUUAAUAAAAUGAUCAUUAAAGAGCAAAUGCUUUGAUCUGUUAUCAAACUCUCUCUUUUAAUUCUUGAAGGAAAUGUAUGGAGAUCAGUAUGGAGAAUUUAUAUUUGGAUAUUGGGGCUUAAAAGGGUUAAUGGACUAUAAGUAGUUCCUUAGGGAUAGUAGAGCGAGCAGAUGCACGAACGCGCGUGAAAAUCGCAACCCUCGAAGAAGGUCCUCCCUCCACGUGUCAUCCUCGCGGCUGGUCAUUUCUCACGCAUUCUCCUAUUUUGCUCGAACUACUAUUCCUCAGAAGAAUGAGGAAUAACUUGACUGUUAUAGGUAACUGUUAUGUCUCCUGAGCGUUCUUACUAGGGACCUUACAAAGCUACGACGGCGACGGCAUCGGAACCUCAGAAAAGCAAAGCAACAACUUUGCGCGGGCAUCACCCUUUUUUUGUCAAUUUCUUUGCCUGCACAACUAAAAAUGGUCAAAUUUUAAGUUUACUUGAGAAGGGGAACGGCAAGGCGAUAAAUUCUACCAUCUCUGUCUGAACUCGUGCGCGGUCCCAUGCCUUCACUUCCAACCUAAAUUCCCUUCUUUUAAGUAAUAGGGCGACUUGGGAUAAUCGCGAAAUAGUUUCAACGGAUGUAAAGUCUAUUUUUACGCGGCGUUUUCGUGGACGUCGCCGUUGUCGGGUCGUAAGGUCCCUACUGAAAGUUCUUAAUAACAAGUUUUGAAAAACUGUUAAGUAGACUUGUUUUUAAAAGACCCAAGUGCACUUGAUCUGGUGACAGGCUCAUAAUGGCUAAAUUUGGCUGAAUUCCGGGACUCAGCCUCUUUAGGUAAUAGGAGACAGAACAGUCUGUCCGGUUUACACUCAAGUCGCCCAAAAUUUUAUCAUGCCCAGCGACAUCCUAACAUCUUAAUCGCCCUUGUUUCGUUUCAUCAAAUCUUCAAGAACAAGAUGUAUUACUCGUUUGCUUGUUUCAUUUCAUCAAGGCUAAAAGAAUGAGAUAUGAUACACAUUCAUCCCCCUUAUUUCGUCUAACCAUAGCAUCAUUGCUUGAAGAACGAGAUUUGAUUACAGAAUUGGCCUGCUUGUUUUGUCUCAUAAGAUAUAUUACGUACACUCCUCGCAAAAAUUUCGGGCGACUUUACUAAAAAUUUCUAGCAAUUUAACUUCGGGCGAUUUGACCGGUUACCAUCUGGGUUCCCCAUGUAAGGUUAUCCAUGGCAGUCUUGGAUGGUGGAUUCCAGAUUCCUUGUCAGUGGAAAAUUGAAUUCUGGAUUCCAUGUCAAUGGAACCUGGAUUCCAAAUUCCAAUCAUUAGCCGGAUUCUGGAUUCCUUGAGCUGGAUUCCGGAUUCCAAAGCCCAGGAUUCCGGAUUUCACAAUCAAAUACUUUCCAGAUAAAUUCCGGAAUCUGGAUUACCUUACGUAGCUGUUCCUGAAAAACGGACUUAAUAAUCUGAAAUACCUUUUUUCUAGACUGGUUGGAUUCCAGCUGGGGAUCACAUUCGCACAGAACGUGUUGUGGGUAAUGUGCACUCUGAAUUGAGGUCUCCUGAAGUAGAGGUGGAUUCAGAUUUAGCAAAGGUCGUCUUCAGCUGCUCAGUCCUGUGCAAUUUGACCGGAGUGCCAUCUAAACCCGUGAAAGGCGAGACUUUGGCUAAAAUAGAGAACUGCAAUCUCAUAUUUCAAGUGUGGAAGAAUGGUUCUCUGAAGGAUCAAGUAAACUGUACUCGUCCUAAAGGGAAGUAUAUUUAUCAACAUGAGAAGCGACGAGAUGGUAAUUAUGUCAUGCAUGUUUAUCCGCUGGAGAAGGGAAGAUAUCAGUUCAGGUAACAGUUGAGACCUUUUCAGAGGAGUUCACGCUCAUAGUUGCAUCAUGGGUAAUCAGGGCAAGAUGGCGGGAAUUUCAAAGAUUUGUAUUGGAAUUCAAAGCCAGCUAAUCCUUCCUGAAUUCAUAUAUUUGAUGCUUUCUCUUUGAAAAGAGUAGCUUACGAGUUCAAAGAAACAAUACACUAAAUCUGGAGUGCAAAGAAUACUAUCGACUUUUCAAAGAGAAAGCAACAAUUGUAUGAAUUCAGGAAGAAUUAGCUGGCUAUGAAUUCCAAUACAAAUCUUUGCAUUUCCGCCAUCUUGCCCUGAUUACCCAUGAUGCAGCUAUGAGCGUGAACUCCUCUAUUCUAAGACGAGGACAUUUCGAGAACGAGAUUUUCUCAAUACUAAGUAGUGCGCAGGCGUGAACCAGCGUCAUUUUGGAGGAAAAUCGUGAUAGCCAUCGUCACUCUACUACGAGUUUUGCCGUAGUGGCAGAAACAUGUUAUCAAAUGUUGGAAGUUGGAUCAAUAUUUGCGGUCGGGAGAGUGCUAAUAACUUUUGUGGUGAAAAAGUACAAUUUUUGGAUUUUAAUACUACUGAAACCGAAAUGUUUAAGUUUAAGGGCCUUUCUUUUGGUUACAGAUGGACGUUCUACCAGCUAGACGAUACUUUCUCUUCAGCAUUUGAAGCGAAGGUAUCCAACAUAAGCAUCCUUGGUGCAAAGUCUGGCGCGGCUCGCAACUGUACAGCAUGCCCACCUGGAUAUCAUAGCACACCAGACAACACUGACUGUAAAAUUUGUCCAAAUGGAACUAGCAGUUUAGCAGGUUCUUAUAAAUGCGCUCCUUGUCAAGGGCAGACUUUU